UGAUGAUGAUUGAAUGACUGUAGAAAAUAGUUGUAAGGUUUCCAAUAAUCGUUCUUACAGGAAAAUAGGGGCUUAAGGUAUUAACAGUCAUGCGAAUGCCCCACUGUAACUAAGGAUCUAUGUUUGGCUUGAACAUUAGCAGAAAAUACUUGUAAAAUAAAUAUCAAAAUCAUUGGAGAAUAAACCACUUGAAUAUAUAACAAUCUAAACAAUCUCACAAAAAACGCCAAAGGCCAUGGCAACGAAAUUUAAAGAAAGUGAGCUAUAUGCUCUACUUAAGCCAGAGAGUGGAGAAUUCCAUGAGAAAAUCCACAAAAAGACACUGAGUUUUUUAGCCAAUACAGACAAACCAACAGAAGAGGUGAACCUUGUGGAUGAAGAUAACUCAACAUUUCUCCAUCUUAUUGCAACUUACAGCAAGGAGGAGCAAGAACCACUGGUACCUGUCAUAUACCAACUUGGAAAAGAGGGCAUUGUCAUAGAUACAAGAGAUGAUCAGGGAAAUACAGCACUACAUAAGUUCGCUGAAAAGAAUGGCAGCUGGCGCUCAAUACAGGCACUCAUUCGCCUCGGGGCUAACAUGGAGAUCCCAAACAACGAUGGAAAGUACCCUUUCGAUAUGUUCACAGAAGACACCAUUAAGAGUCAGUUCGAUGCAUACACACCUGGGCUAUGGACAGCUGUUGAAAACAGUGACCCAAUCGCAGUGAAGACUCUUAUCGAAUCAUGGUGCUUUCUUCACGAACGUGGCGUUGAAUCACACACUAUGGACAUCCUUGAAUUCGCCAAAACGAAACAGAAUUCUGAGAUUAUUACGAUGCUUGAAAAAGCAAAACCAACACUUGAGUACGUGAAGGCAACCUUAGCAUGUGAUGACGCCUCAAUGGUUCGUCUUCUUGACGAAUAUAAAGAAGCGAUUGAUGUAAAUACACAAGAUUGUCAUCAUAAGACAGAGUAUUCUUUAGACGUGCUCCCCCUCCCACUUCUCAUAGCUGUGGCCAACCAACUACAAGAUAUGGACAUAGUGAGAGUUCUUGAGCAAGCAAAGGCCGAUGUCAACUUCUACCACAAGAGUAUGUUUCCAAGGGGUCCUAUUUACUUCAUGCUUGAAACGCUCUACCCAAAGACCCCUGAAGACAUUGUCAUCAGGGUUAUGGAGGAAGCUGACCUCAGCUUGAAGAACAGUCAUGGCAAGACAUACCUCUAUGAAGUCAACUCUGAUGUCAGGUCAACAGAUUUCAUCAAUCAGAUUUUGCUUAAAGGUGUGGAUAUUGCAGAGAGAUGUAUUGUUGGAAACACCAUCCUCGAUCACUCCAUCUUGCGCAACGAAUCAGAGGGAGUAAAGUUCUACAAGGAGCAAGUGAUGGCUAUAAUCAUGGGUGAUGAUUGGGAGAAACGAAGAGAUUUCAUCACAAAGGGAUUGGAUAUGAUGCUAGAAUGUACUGAUGAGAAUGAAACACCAAUAAGAGAGGUUGCAAAGCAGAAGAAUGAUACAAGAACCAUUGAAUUUCUGAAAGAAUUGGAGAAAAUUAAGAAAUUCCACAUUGACUUGUUCUUCACUAUAGUGGAGGGCACAGAAAGCACCACUGUUGAUAUAGAACAUGUCUUUGAGCAGUGCCCAGACAAAGUCCAACUCAUGAACAUCAGAGACAAAGGCGGUAGGACGGCACUCCAUAUGGCUUGUCUCGUCAAUAAAGUCUUUCUGGUCGAGUACCUGAUGAAUAACUUUAAAGACACGCUCAACUGCAGAGACAAUAUGCGAAGAACAGCUUUACAUUAUGUAGCAGCCUUGGACAAUGAGAUCCUGUACACAACAUUAGUGAAUGCUGGAGCAGAUGAGACACUGAAGGAUGUGAACAACCUAACCCCUAAGGAUUACAUGGGGCUCAACCAGCAACCAGUCAAACCAGAGGAUGAGAGAGAGCCCGAGGAGUUUAUUGUUCAGGAGAUGAUACAGAAAGAGCGUGAGAAAAGAUAUGGAGACAUGUUCUAUUUCCAGUUUCACUAUAACAAGUUUAGUAAAGCCAUUGCUGAAAAAAAUCUUAAAGCUGUUCAAGUACAAAUGUGGAAGUUCUCCAAGAACAUCAACGAGAUGCCAAUGUUUGUAUCUGAGGAACCCCUGCUGUUUCUAUGUCUGAAGCACAAUGCCAUUGACAUCGCCAAGUUCCUCAUAGACAAGUCUCUAGACUGUUAUGUUACUUGGGAGGGCAAGACAUUUCGAGAUGCAGCCAGAGAAAGCGCCAUUCAGGAGCUAAUUGCUUGUAUAGAAGAGGCCAUUAGGAUAAAAACACUACAAGCUGCUGUUCAAAAUGACCGUCGUUCAUCAGCAUCUUCGUAUGGAAGCCUCCCUUAUGAACCUCCAGUGUACAAACCAAGACCUCGAAAAGAAUUUUCCGUAGAACCAAAAAACAUUGAUUCUCGCUAUCUGGCUGACCAGUUAGGCGAGGCAUUACAACUGGCUUUGGCAGAAGUUGCGGACAAACGUCCUUGGGAUCCUAUUGAAUACCUUGCUCAAUGGCUAUACAAACAUGCAGAGAAUUUGAAAAAUGAUGAGGAGGAACGAAAAGAGAAGUAUAACUUGGAAGUUGAGAAAUAUGAUGCCCAUAGGGAGAAACGACGAAGCAAGCGUCAAGCAAAGGAGGUUGAAUCUAUUAAGUUGGCCGAUGCUGAACAAAUGAAGAAAAAGCGUCAAGAGGAAGAGAAAAAGAGGAGGGAGAAAGAAGAGGAGGAGAAAAGGAUGGCAGAACUGGAGGAAAUACAGAAGAAGAAUCGUGAGAAUGUAGAACAAUAUGCCCAGAAACCUGACCUAGAGUCUGUGAUUGAAGAAGAUGAGCCUAAUGCUAGCAAAACACUUGCCCCUCCUAAAAUUUUAAAGGAGGAGACUGAAAAAGAAGAUGAAAAGGAGGAUGACCCACCUGAUGCAGAAAAUGCAGGGGAAGAUACACAGGGCAAAUAACAGAAGUGAGAUAACAUAGGGGAAGACAUGCACAGACAAAAAGGAGAGGAUAACAGAGAGACCCACUAAACCAACCAUAAUAGAUAUAUCAUGAACAUACAGUACUUCUUUUACUUCAAAUGUUUAAAGGAUUUUAAAUGAAUUUAUUAUUUGUGAAAUAUUAUUUGGAGCAUCAACUUACUGUAAGUUACAAUAUUAAUACUAUAUGUAAUAGAGAGAUGCUGGCAAGGAAAUGGGGAAAGAGAGGGCAUUGACAUUUUCUCCUUCAUAAUGAUGAUAAUUGCACCAAAGUUGACGCAUGUAAUGGUAACAUUUAUUCAAACGUGUGGGUGAAUGAGAGAGAAAUGCUCUGUUUCAACAGAUUACAUUCUGAUGCUCAUCACAUGUUUCUGCCUUCAACUAGAAAGAAGCUAAUAGAAGGCCAUGAUUUCUCAUGAUGUACAGAUUAUUGGAGUGAUAAAAGGAUAAUUAUUAUAUUAGUUUAUGUUGAUAAUUGUUUAUCAGUGCAUCAUAAAGGGCUUGAAUAUUGCCAGAACAAGCCAGUUCUUCAGAGGGAAUUAUAACUCUGCGUCAUCAUAGCCAGGUUUUGUAAUUUUGUUGUCUGGACAAAGACCUAUCAACUACUACGUGGGCUCAACUAUCGAGGAGUUUCAACCAUUAUUUUCUACCAGAAAUAUUAUGUAUUUGCUGCCAAAACAAUGUCAGAAAGUUUUAUACUAGUACUGGAAAGAAGGAACUUUUGUUGUGUCUCUACUGGAACAAGUUUUGAAGACUUUAUAACAGUCAAACAUUAAUGGGAAUUUUAACACGCCUUGGAGUUGAACCUGUAUGAUAAUUGUUUAUCACUGUGUGCCAUCUUAACUGUGCAUUUAUUGAUAAUUGCCAAUGUAUGUAAAGAAAUGAAGUAAAAUACAAUAAAAUCUUGCCAUUAUAAAGCUCAUUGUUCUCUACAUGUAUUUUAAUACUGAGACAAGAGAAAGUUGCAAUUGUUUUUCAAAAAGUUGCGGGAGGGGUAUGCAAAAGUUGCAAUCCAAAAAUAACAAAAGUUGCCACAUGUAAAACCAGCAUAAAAUGACCAAUUAUCGGUAAAAGCAAAAGGAUCUUUCAAAAAAAUUGCUUAAUUCUGAUUUUGAGUGGUCUUAUCAUGGAAUUUACGAUAGAUAUUGAGUGGAAAACGAGCUGAAG